UUUAUGAGUCUUCUAUAGAAAGUUAGGAAUGAGGUAGUAUUCAAGGAAGUUUCAUGGCGAACAGUACUUAUGGGUCUUUGAAUUUUCUUAAAAAUAUUCUAGAUUUUAAUAUCCUGUGUUACCAGUUUCCAGUCAUGCGUGAACGAUUAAAGUGUUAAAAGAUUUUAUUGAUCUGUGGAUGAAAAGACAGAUUUCAUUUACUCUAAAACCCUCAGAAUGUUACACAUAUUUCGAACAAUGAAUGAAUUUAUCAUGCAAAUGUUUUAAAAUCUAAGAGGAAUUCGAAUGCACUAUGAAAACUAUUCUGUUUACAGGUUCUCCUAAAUUCCUAUAUCAGGAGCCAAGGCGAAUACCAACAUAUAUGGCAGCUAUUAUCCGUCGUCAUCGAUUCGUAAUUAUUGCUAUCAUCUGUAUUAUAAUAUUAAUCAUGUAUAAUUGGUACUUUCGAAGGGAAGAAAAUUUCGUAUUAAACAAUGCACCAGUUCCAUAUAUAAAAGAAACUUUUAAUGAUGAAAUUCGUGCAUUUGAUUCAAAUAAACCUUAUUUCUCUGAUAUGACAAAAAUAACUAACAACAUAGAUGAGAAAGAAACACAAUUCACAGAUUUACGAAAAUUUUCUAAAGAUGAUGAAAUGUCUCUCCUUUUUUCGAAAAUGAGCAAAGAUGAUUCCACUUUGCAAAAAACUGAAGAACACAUAUAUUUCAUUCCCAUACAAGAAACGGAGGAAUUUACAACGGAAAUUACGAAUGAAAUCGAUGACGAAUUCACUCUUCUCAUUAGUGAUGAAGAAACAUAUGCAGAUACAGAAAAACAACAUCUAGAAACUGAAACAUUCUUAUCCUCAAAGAACGGUAUCGAGGCAUAUAGAAAGCAUUUGUUUCUAGUGAAGUCUUCCUUCGCAGUACCUCAUGGUGAAAAACUAGUCACAUUAUCCACCAUAAAGCAACAUGCAGAAGGUUUUCCUCCCCCAGACCUGGAUAACAAAAGGGCGAAAACAGAACAUGUAACAUUAUCGAUGUCGAGCAAGAAAAAUGACACAAUGGAUAUAUUGAACAUAAACAAACACCCUAUACUAAAACAGCAAGUGUAUUCAUCUAUGGCAUCAAAUACUUCCAGUACAAGUGAGAAUCCUGUGCUUUUGAUAGACACUCCAGGCUGUAAGAUACCAAAACUAGAUCCAUGGGAUCCAACUGUUAGAGACCUUAUUGAGCUCAAAGAUCCGUAUGUCUGUCCUGGUCGUCCAGUAUUCAUGGAAUCAAAUCCUGGGGGCUCAAUAACCUUUAACAGAGAUAUCUUAGAGAUGUAUUACGAUGUAACACCAGAAGAAUUCAUUUGUUAUUAUCAACCAAUAUACAGAAAGGAAGAAGAAGAAGGAGUUUUCUUAGAAGAUUCCUUCACGUUUGGUGAUGUAGAAAAGUUAAAACUUGGAGUGCCUAUCAAAGAAGAUUUUGUUAAUGUUUCAUGCAAUAUUAAAGGGAAAAAAUAUGAACAACACUUAACUUUAGUGCCACUGAAGGAAAACGUCGAAAAAGAAAGAAAUUCUAGAAAUCCUCCAAAUCCCACACUAAAUGUUAUUCUUCUCGGGAUUGAUUCAAUAUCAAAGCUAAAUUUUUUAAGGCAUUUCCCAAGAACUCACGCAUUUCUUAAUGAAAAGUUAAAACCUUUUGAAAUGAACGGCUACACUAAGGUGGCAGAUAAUACAUUUCCAAACUUAGUUCCAUUGCUGACCGGUCAGUUUGUUGAAUAUUGGUGGAACGAAACAUUAAAAGAGACAAUGUUUUUUGAUAAUAUUAGUCUUAUUUGGAAAGAAUAUGCAAAGAGAGGAUAUAGGACAUUUUAUGCGGAAGAUUCCCCUUUCACUGGUACAUUUAAUUAUUUUAAAAGAGGAUUUUACAACCCUCCAACUGAUUACUAUUAUCGUCCAUUAGCUCUUGCUUUAGAAAGGUGGAAAUUUACAUCAAAACAAACGAAACAUUUUUGUUUGAAUUCAGAAUUUGAAUUGGAUGUUAUUUAUGAUUAUUUAAAAUUAUUUGCUCAAACAAUGGGUACAAAGCCGUAUUUCGGGUUUGCUAUGGUUUCUACUGUAACUCAUGAUGAACUUAACUACGCUAGCUAUGCUGAUGAACCGACAGAGCGUCUAUUGGAGGGUUUGUACAGCACCGGUGCACUUAACAACACACUUUUAGUUUUAUUCAGUGAUCACGGAAUACGCUAUGGAAAAAUUUGCCGCACGUAUGUUGGUAAAUUUGAAGAAAGAUUACCGCUCAUGUAUAUUCAUGUUCCUAAAUGGUUCUUGGAUCAGUACCCAGAAAUAGCCAAAAAUCUACAAACUAAUCAGGAUCGCCUGAUGACUCUUUUUGAUGUACAUGCUACAAUGUUGCAUAUGUUAGAUUUAAACAAAAGUCAUUUAGAAAGAUCAAUGUUCACACUAGGGAAAAGUCUUUUUGAAGAAAUUAGCCCAGAAAGAACUUGUCCAGCUGCUCAUAUAGAAACACAUUGGUGUCCUUGUCAAAUCUUUAAUAGCGUUGCUUUAAGCAGUCCUGAAGUUGUAAAUGCCUCCCAAGCAAUUGUGGAUGACAUUAAUUCUAAACUGCAACCUUAUGGUGAAAAAUGCCAGGUUUUAAAAGUGGAUGCAAUUAUGGAUGCCAGAGUUGGCAAAGCUAAUGAAUUGUUGUUACAAUACUUGAAAACUGAAAAUGACGUUAUAGAUAGAUUCAUUUGGUUAGGAGAAGAGGUUCCAUCUCUUGAUGAUUAUAUGAUAACACUCGUCGCGAAACCUGGCGGUGGAGUGUUUGUAGGAACUGUUCGCCAUAAUCCAAUGAAUAAUACCUAUAAUGUUGAAGGUGUAAAUCGAAUCAGUAUGUAUGGAAAUACAUCGUGGUGUAUCGACAGUCAAAAAAUGAAAGUAUUUUGUUACUGUAAAAUACAACUCGCUUAAUUUAUGUUUGACUUUUAACAAAGCGAUACAUAAAAUACUGAUAUUGCAUGCAUUACACUUUAGAACAAUUUAAAUAAAUCUUCACACAGAUUGUUUAUAAACAAUGCCUAAGAUGAUGAUAUUUUGUACCAUAUAUAUUUGCUAUAGAGUAAAGAUCUGCAUUUUAAUUUUUCUUUAUU